CCGUCUUUCUGCGCAUGCGUCACGUGGAGUACCAGAUGGCCCAAUCAGCGAGUGCAAGCCUUUAACACAGGCCCAAAAACCGAGCGUGAUUUGGGAUCUCUGUGUUCCAGAAGAUGGCGACCGCUCUGGUGUUGACAGCUUCAGUCCCUGAUAAUCAUGGAAAGGAAAAAUGUGAACCAAUCAUUCAAAAGGUUAUGAGUCCUGAAACGUACGUCAAGCAUCCAUUGCAAAACAAGUGGGCUCUUUGGUUUUUCAAGAACGACAAAAGCAAAACAUGGCAGGCCAACCUUCGUCUCAUCUCCAAAUUUGACACGGUGGAAGACUUCUGGGCAUUAUACAAUCACAUUCAGCUAUCCAGUAACUUGAUGUCUGGCUGUGACUACUCGCUGUUCAAGGAUGGGAUUGAGCCCAUGUGGGAGGAUGGACGCAACCGACGAGGCGGCCGCUGGCUGAUAACACUGUCCAAGCAGCAGCGCAGAGCAGACCUGGAUCGCUUCUGGCUUGAGACCCUGUUGUGCCUUGUGGGUGAAGCUUUUGAUGACCACAGUGACGAUGUGUGCGGAGCCGUCAUAAACGUCCGCGCCAAAGGAGAUAAAAUAGCAGUAUGGACCACCGACUACGAGAACAAAGAUGCCAUCACGCACAUCGGGCAAGUUUACAAAGAGAGAUUAGGAGUUCCUCCAAAAGUGAUCAUCGGGUACCAGUCACAUGCAGACACCGCCACCAAGAGCAGCUCUUCAACCAAGAACAAGUUUGUUGCUUGAGGACCACAAUCAACCACCGUGUCAUUCUGUUGCCAGCAUACAUUUCUGUAACCUUUCCAUGAUCUAACUGACGUGAUUGUCCAUGUACAAACAUUUGAAGUGAAGAUAUAUUUGCUUCUUUUUUUCUUUUUGUCUAUUUGUUGCCACUUUACCAAAGCUUUUGUUUAUUGGGAGAAUAUUUGCACUUAAAAUGUAUCACUGAUGUCAAAAAAUAUAUAACAUUUUUGUGGUGGAGGGCUGUAAAAGAUGUUUAGAUGCCCAAAUUUCAUUUUCAAAAGCAACUGCAUAUUUGUAAAGAAUUUAUUUCAGUUAUCCCCCCCUCCUCUUGGCGUAUGUCAGCUAUUUUUCUUUGAGAACUUAACAUUAAAGGCAAACAAAAUGCACUGUUACUCCAGACAGUCAAUUUACAAUACGUUUUGACAUCUUUGUGUGUUCGUUAUUCAGUUUGACAAAUUAUUUAAAAGUCACUGUGUUGCAGAAAAGAGUUCUUGGAUUUUCCUUUCAGACUGCUUGUGUAAUAUGUGAAUCUGAGAUGUCAACCAUUUUGAAGCGCAGCAGAUAUAUUUAACAGGACUUGCUUUAUAAAGAUUUUGGAAUGUACCUUUGCCUAACAGGGAACUGCAAACUUGAAUAGCACAAGAAACCGCCACUAUAUCACUCAGAUUUAUCACUUGAGCAUAUGCAAACCAAAAUACUGGAGCUCUUGAUUAUAUUUUUUCCUCAUCCAGACUUAUAUCUAAUUUUGAAGUUCAGAAAACUGAAGGAAGUCUGGAAUUGGGAAAAGCCUUUGCUUUGCAGUAACACUUUAAUGAGGAUGUUUUCUAAAUACUUAUUGUUGGUUAUGUUCUUUUGUACAUUCUUCAGUUAAAAUUGUAUGUCGCAUGAGUUGUGUUGGUCUACUGCUUUAAUGAAGUGUUCAUAGGUUAAUUAUUUCUGCUCCAGAUUUAAUUUCUUAGGUGGCAUAAGCUAAAAUGUCAUUGUUUGGAGGGACCAAUAUGAGCCUUUGACGUUACCACCUUGCCCUGUA